CAAAUUAAUAAUUUAUAUCUCAAAUUGAAUGAAAAUAUUUAUCAGUAUGCUAUGUGUAUAAAUAUUCAUCUACUGUAGCAUGUAUAAACAUCUCUCGUUGACUCAUAACGAUCGGCGUGUCACAGUUCAGUUACAGUCAUAGUCAUAGUACCAUAUAUUGUUAUCUUACGUAUCUUUUAAAAUUACUUUUAAUUUCAAUAAUGGACGAAAUUGAUGGAUUGCGACAAAGAAUCAGAGAACUAGAAAACAAAUUGCUUGAAGAACAGCAUAAGAAUAAGUUUACAACAAGAGAAAAAAUAAAACAUAUGUCAAAUGAAGUGAUUGAUUCAAAUCCUUACAGUCGUUUGAUGGCAUUAAAACGUAUGGGCAUAGUGGAUAAUUAUGAAAGAAUAAAAGAAUUAACAAUUGCUAUAAUUGGAGUAGGUGGAAUCGGUAGUGUAACUGCAGAAAUGCUAACAAGAUGUGGAAUUGGCAAGUUGGUACUUUUCGACUAUGAUAAGGUAGAAAUGGCAAAUAUGAAUAGACUUUUCUUUCAACCUUACCAAGCUGGUCAAAAUAAGGUAGAUGCAGCAGCAACAACACUACGAUAUAUUAAUCCAGAUGUAGAAAUCGAAACCCACAAUUUCAAUAUUACUAUAAUGGAUCACUUUGAAGAUUUCAUGAAUAUCAUAAGCACAGCAAGUUUAAACAACAGCCCAGUAGAUAUAGUUUUAAGCUGUGUAGAUAAUUUUGAAGCACGAAUGGCAAUUAAUACUGCUUGUAAUGAACUUAACCUAAAGUGGUUUGAAAGUGGAGUUUCUGAAAAUGCAGUUUCCGGUCAUAUUCAAUUUAUUAUUCCUGGAGAAACAGCUUGUUUUGCGUGUGCUCCUCCAUUAGUAGUAGCAGAAAACAUAGAUGAAAAAACAUUAAAACGCGAUGGCGUUUGUGCAGCAUCUUUGCCAACAACUAUGGGAGUUGUUGCAGGUUUUUUAGUUCAAAACACAUUAAAGUAUCUUCUAAGCUUUGGUGAUGUAUCUUAUUAUUUGGGUUAUAAUGCGAUGAAAGAUUUUUUCCCUAAAAUGGUAUUAAAACCAAAUCCAAAUUGUGAAGAUAAAUAUUGUAGAAAACAUCAACAAGAAUAUGCAUUAAAACCAAAACCAGAACAAAAGAUGGAAGAAACUGUAGAAGAUAAGCCUCUACACGAAGAUAAUGAAUGGGGGAUUUCACUUGUUGAGGAAAAAGAUCAACAGAUGGAUGAAAAUGUGCAUUUAUCAUCAGUGUGUAUAAAAUCAAUGUAUACUGCUUCGCAUUCAAUUAAUUCACAAAUUGAUCAACUUCUGUCAGAGACUAAUGCUAGUCUAGAAGAAUUAAUGGCACAGAUGAAAUCUAUUUAA